UUCAACUUCCGUUUUACUUGAGAAAGUUCAUGAAAGGGGCCGUGACGAAAGUGUUUAUAUUUUCAAUAACUGAAAGCAUUUAGUCCAAAUUUUUGAGCAUUAGAUAAAAGGCAGGCUCAUUGGAAAGAGUCUGACUUGUGAAUUUAAAAAAGAAUGAAGUUCUGUCUGUGAGAGCGCUCGCACCUGUUGUCACACGAACUAGAAUCUUUGUGAAUGCAUCAUUCAUCACACCUUUGAAGAUGAAGUCUUUAAUGGAAUCUCUUGGAAGAUCCAGCUGUGAAUAACAACAAGCCAUUGCACCAUGCAUACCAUGCGCAAAUAGCAGUGAGGGGCUCGAAAAAGUAAAGGCUAACAAGAAGUUUCGACAGAAGCAUAACCGUCUGUAUGAUGGACCAUGGAGACAUCAUGCCUUCCUCAGUAUCAGCUGUCAUCUCAACCAGCUCUUUCCCUGUGUUGAAUGGAACAGAUGUUGGUCUAGGCAUCGCAUUUGGAACUGAUGCUGCUGAUUCGGACAAGAAUGACAUCUCUGUGUCCCUGUCCUCCUCGCUCAUGUCUGAUACCGCUGUGCUUGUGGAAACUCCGAGGGGGUUGAUGUUGUCAGUGGGUGAUGGCAAUGUGUCCCUGGGUAACAUCUCCACAACGACAGAUCAGCAUGGCCGACAUCUGCUACCCCUGCCAGGGACCAUUACCCAGUUCACCCCAGUGCAACAGGAUGGGUUGGUGGGGGCGUCGACCGCCCCCAUGUUUGACUCCCCACCUGACUGCACCGGUGAUGUCGGUGGCUCUCUGGACGUCGCCAUCAAGACGGAACAUCCCAUCACCACGGUAACAACCACUGUCACCACUACGCAAGAAGAAACCAAGAAAAGAAAAGGGGGAUGGCCGAAAGGAAAGAAACGUAAGAAUGUUCCAGAGAUAAAUGCACCAAGAGCUCCAAUGACUGGGUAUGUGUUGUAUGCCAUCGAGCGACGACAGGAGAUCAAGGAGAGCCAUCCUGAGAUUAUGUUCUCAGACGUCACCAAGAUACUGGGACAGGAGUGGUCCUCCAUGUCUCCAGAGAAGAAACAGAAAUACCUCACAGAAGCCGAGGCUGACAAACAACGAUACAUAACACAACUGAAAGUCUUCCAGCAGUCAGAGACCUACCAGAACUUCCUCAAGAAGAAGAAGCUCAAGGUUCUCUGUGGGGAAGAUUCCUCCCAACUUGAUACCGGGGACCCUUACUCCUCGCUGAUUGAUGUGGAGGAGGACUCCAUCAGCGAGCUGUACUGCCGAGUGUGUAACCAGUAUUUCAGCUCCGUACACAACAAGAAGGAGCACAUGUUUGGCAGACAACACUUACAGGCAAUCACAGGUGAGCUUGAGAAGGAGAUGGAACGCCAGCAACAGCAGAAUUUGACCUCGACCUCACUGCUGACCUCUGACCUCAACACAGAGAGCCUGACCUCUGACAUGGACCUGGUUGAGGGACCAAGGCUGUCGAUGCCAGUUGACAUCGGAAGUUUUAUUCAGGAAUUUGAACAGAGAAAUGUUGAACGGGAACAAGAGAUCAAGACACUGCGCCGGGCCCUGAAGACAUCUCAAGAAGGCCAUGUGAACAUGUGCAAGGAGAUCCAGACACUCAAGGACUAUGAAAACAAGCUGGAGCAGAAUACAAAGACAAUGAAAGCCUACAGCCUGUCCAUUGCCGCACAGAUUGAUGGGCUCAAAAUGGUACCAACUUUGUUUGGGGUCAUCAACUUCUGACGUGCAACUGUUUCUAGGCCCUGGAACAUGUAUUACCUGCUCACUGUAACAGUCUGUGUCUUCAUGCCAGUGACAUGUCUAGCAGCAGCGGGAUUCAUCUGUGCUUACAUCAUCAUCAGUUUGUGCAAUUGUACAUUUUCAUCCUACUGAAACCAAAGGGAAAUGAGUUCAGGUAAAUGUUGAGAGUGUGAAGUAGUUAGUUUAGUAUGGAGGUGUUUGUGCUUAUUAUCUGAAAAAAUAGAGAGGACAAAAAAAGCAUGUUCAAAUCUUUUAUCAUGUGUUGUGUCAACAUGGUCUGCAGGUAUUAAAAGAUCAAUAUAUUAUAUUUCAUUGUCAAGGUGACCAAGAUUCUGAGCCAUUAUUUGAAGAUGCUGUUGAGUGUAAUUUAAUAUCUUGCAUUGAAACAAUAUGUGAGGUGGUUUAUUACUAUACACUAUUUUCAGACUCCAUGGUAAUAAAAGAGCCUUCUCAUCUGGAAAUAGUUUUACUGAAAUAACAAGAUAAUUACAUUCAUUAAUAUGUCUUGCAAAUGAAGGUGGUAUAAGGCACAUGUUUGAUCACAUUGUGAUGUGGUCGGUGGUAAUCGACUAGGAAAAGCAAGGAUCUGCAUCUGAGUUGCUGAGCGCACUGAUUUACAUAUUACCAUACCAACAGUACACCUAGGGUAUCAUAAAUAAAAUCGGAAUUAAUUGGGGUCUAUGAAGGUCAAUGGAGAGAAUUUGAAUAUCAAUAAAAGUAAUGCCCAUCUUUAGAACACUUUUAUGUUUUUUUUCCAAAUACGAAUAUAUGGGUUGAUUGAACAAGAGCUUCCAGUAAGAUGUACUUUUUUCCUCUGACAGCACAAGUGAUCCUGAAUUCUUCCCUAGUGUUUCCACAUGUAGGUAGCCAACUGGGCUGAUAGAAUUGUAGAAUUCCAGGUUCUGAACCAUUUCAUGGACACUGAAGUAGCUGAUAGCUGGGUUAGAGUUAGCUCCCUUGAACACAUCCACCAAGCACCUGUUGUUGCACCUUGUAUCUUACCUCUGACUGAUGUUCAAAAGGUCAGGUUUUACUGCAGAUAUGGAAAUAACAUGCAUUAGUUGUCUUUUAUGAAUGGUGCUGUGUUUUUAUGUUUGAGGAAUAAAUGCUUGCUAUUGUAGGGCAAUCUUCUUCGUGUUUAAAAUGAGUGAAAGUAGUGCAAAAGAUUUCUUUGUUCUGCUGGGAGUUGUUCACUCAGUGAAUAUGAAGGUUUAAGGAAUCAUUGAAAAUAUGAAUGUUUUCUGUGAUUUGUUUUGUCACUCGGAGAGAUGCAUGAACGCUUAUUCAAGUCAAUGGGCUGUGUCUAAAGAAGCCAGUAUGUGUAUAUGGCUUCUAGCCAGCACAGCUGUUCUUGGCCAACAGCUGCUUUGUGGUGCAAACAUACUGACGAGACAGGCAGAAACUGUUCCUUAGACAAUGAAAAAUAAUCUAAAACAGAACUAGAAUGAUUUCCCCUUGUCAAGUUUUGCUGAUAUGGCUGGGUCUUUGAGGCUAGUAUACGUACAUUGUGUAUUUCUUAAUAGUCUAUAUACCUUCUGCAUUUUUCAACAUUAAAAAACAGAUGUUCUGUAGAUAUGGAAUGAAUUUGAUACACAAGAUAAAUGCUUAAGUCCCAUUCAUUUUGUCUACACCUUGGAGCAGUUUUUCACCUGCUAGUCUGAACCUAGUUGCUAGAGAUUCUUUACUGAUGCAAGAGUUGAAACACAGUAAUUGGAUCGUCAAUGUUACGACAGCCAUUACUGCAGUUCCUUAAGUCAUGUAUACUUUCAUUUUUGCAUUAAAAGCACCCUUACAUUUAAUUUUGUUCCAGAAGCAAUUUUUUGAAAUUUAGUAUGCAGAAUAUGGUCACAAUUAUUGCCUUCGCACCCAUUGUGGGACAAUGAGGACAUAAUAGGUCAUUGACCUGACAGCUAGACCCUGAGUUUUAGGCACCAGUGUAUUAUAAAUCCUUUUAAUGGUACUUUGUUUCCAUGUCUAGUCAAGCACAUGUGAAAAAAUACACUGAAUGCACAAAAUGAUUAUAAAGUUAUGAAACUGUUGAAAAACUGCCCUAACGUUGAUGUUUUUAAUUGGAAACCACACUAUUGAUUUAUCAAACCUUAGUUGUUUCCUGGAUGGUGUUUUGAAACAGGUGUUAUAACAACAUUUGUGAUGUGAAAGGGCUCUCAUGGUGAUCUAUGACAUGCAGAGUGGUGUCCCUUAUUUCUACUCAGUGGUCAUGUGAUGGGUAUUCCCAGCCACACCUCCUGAUAUUAAAGAGGUUUUUAACUUAAUUCACUCACACUUCUUUUUAAAACUACAGCCUAAUGUUUAUUUGGAUAAAUACAGGUUAUUGUUUCUGAAGGAGAUUUGUUACCAUGGUUACAGUUUCGUAAAGUGGAUGUACAAUCCCAGUGCAGCAGGAAGUUGUUCUGGUUUCUUCUGUGUUAUUUACAUGUUGUUCUGGGGGUAUUCUGGAUAUUUUUUAUAUCCUUGUAAACAUUGCCUGAGAAAAAGGGUUUUAAUGAAUCACCUUGUAUGAGGAUGUAACUAUGGUGUGAUAAUAUAACAUGUCUGUUUGUCCCACGACAUGAUAGUCUAAUGAGAUCCUGUGUAAACACAAAAUGAUGCAAGUAAUUCUAUUAAAACAGACAUGCAAAAUGGUUUCCUUUAAUUGUAAAAUACCAUUUCAGAUAAUCUGUACACAAGUUAUUGUUUAUCAUGUCUUCCCUUUGGCAUAUUCAGGGAUUUACCGUGAGUCCUGUAUUUGAGGGGUCCCUGGGACUCAUGCUUAUAAUUUCAGGGGUCUAGGACAACAAGAUGGGGGUCCCAGACACUUAAAUAUUAUUAUUAAUACUGUUAUUGUAUUGUGUAUCAUGAUCAACACAUUGAUUGGUAUUGUAAAUAUAUUGCAAAUGAUACCAUAACCCAGCUAGUAGCAAACUCAGUGAUAACUUAUUGUUACUUGAUUGGAAUAAUUUACAAAAGUAUUUGGACUUUUCUGCGUCCCUGUGGGUGUGCUAAUACAUUUCGUUGCGUCCUUUAUCAAUUGUUAUGAGUAUAGGACACAGGAAUUCUGUAAAUCCCUGCAUAUUUUGGCAGAAUUCAUCUUUUGUAUUGUAUUUCCGGUUUCCCAGCGAUCAUGUUUCAAAAAGCAGCAUAAAACCAUUCUUAUCAACUCACUUAAGAUGCGGGGCUGUGGGGUAGCCCAGUGAUUAAAGCGUUGGCUCGUCAUGCCGAAGACCCGGGUUCAAAUCCCCACAUGGGUACAUUGUGUGAAGCCCAUUUCUGGUGUCCCCGGCCGUGAUGUUGCUGGAAUAUUGCUAAAAGUGGCGUAAAACCAAACUCAGUCAAUCACUUAAGAUGCAUGUGGCGAUGUUCCAAAGAAAACAAUUACGCCUCUCAUUCUCAUACACAUUGAAUUGUUGCAGCCUCACUCAAAGUAAAAAUAUAUUCCCCACAUUUUCAUACAAAGUGAAUGAUUACACAAUCAUUAAAAUGGAAUCUUUACAUCCUCAUACAAAGUGUAACAUGCUUUACACAUUACAACAGCAGUGAUAUUGCCGAUGAUGCUUUAAAUUUUCAAACAAUUCAACAGCUAAAUAGACAACACAAAGUAUCUAGUGUUGUCUAUGGUUUACAGGUCGCUAUUGGAGAGUUUGUUUUGUGUGUUUCAUUGUAUGAAUGUUAUUAAUGGAUAUGAUGAUUCGGAAAAUAUCAUAUUACUUGUUAUCUGUACAUGUCCACCGCCAUUUCAGUCAGCAGGUCUUUGAACAAGCAUAAAGACCAAUUAUUUCAACUGUUACAAAUCCCUCCCAAGACAAGGGAGGUAAUGAAGGGGGAGUUAUGUUGGCACUGGUUUCACGCAGAUAUGUGAAGACUUAAUAUUUGAAUAUAGCAACACAGGGUGUUUUUUGUGAUUUAUGUGAAUGUAUUUAUGUUUGAUUUAUUGUACUAUUCUAUAGCAAUGGACUUUUUUUAACAAGAUAACAGUAUUUUUUCAGUUUUCUUGCCAAGGGCAUUUACUUCAGAAUCCCAGAUAAAUCUCUGGAUAACUUUUUUUUUAAGGAUUAUGGGUUUCUUUAAAAGUUUUACAUCUUUGUGGUCUUUCAACUUCUAAUAUUCCUAUAAAAACAUGUUUCAGUCAGUACCAUCAGUGAGCCCCGAUUGUGAAAAUGGAAUUCCUAAAGCCUCACAUUUCUAUUUUUCUAACACUGUAAAACAAACACUUAUCUGUGUCACUUUUAUGUACAGGUGUUAUACAAUGGGGUUAUAAAUGAUAUCCCCCACGCUGAAGUAUUGAGGAGAAUCCAAGGGAGACAAUUAUGUGUUUAUACCCUGGCAUUGUAUCCAUUACGAUGACCUGUUCUGUGGGAUUUACAGUUACUGAUGUAUACUGCUCAAAGUUUGAUGGAGAUAAUCAGGCAAUUCAUUCAUCUUUUUUUAAAUACUUCAUGCAUAUGAAUCAAAAGAAGUUAAAGAGCAGCCAGUUGUUUAUUAUUGUUCGUGUUGUUGUGAAUGUCAUUCCGUGAAGGAUUAACUACAGUAAUCUGAAAGAAUUUGGUGCUCCUCAACCUUUUUGGAGUGGUAUAUUAUGAAAAUCAGUUAUAGCAUUGAAAGAUAAAAGUAUCUCUAUCAAAACUUGAACAGUACACUCCAGUCAGUAUAUACCAUGUGUACAGGGACUUCUUCCAUAUUGUGUGUGGUAUGUCCACCUUGACCUGUGUUUUACUGAAAGGUGAUACUGUCCAUGUCAUACGAGCUGAUAUAGCCCUAGCAAGAAAGUACCGCAACAUAUACUGUUGUAUUCACCAGUCAUACAAUAUGUGGUAUGUAUAGUUCUAUAUCAGUAUGUAUAGUUCUAUAUCAGUAUCUAUAGUUCUAUAUCAAUAUGUAUUGUUCUAUAUCAAUAUGUACUGUUCAACAUAUUGUGUAUAUCACCUGUACAACAAAGGGUCUGCAAACUGAUACUGUUCAACAUUGCGAGUUUGGCACAUCAGGAUGUUGUCCAUUAUUGGGAACAUUUCAUGUUUAACACAUGAGGAUGUUAUCUGUUAUUCAGAUACUGCGUUAUUCAAUACAUCAGGAGAUUUUUAGAACAAGCUAGCUUGUUUCUUCUUUAUGUCAUCAAAAUUAGAAUACUCUGAUACCAAUAUCUCACUAUACCAUUUCUUUCUGUGACUUUAAUGUAUGUUUCAGGCUGAUUGCACUUUCUCACAUACCGAAAUGUGGCAUUUUCUAUUUUCUCUCGAGGCCAAUAUCAUAGUUGUAAUGGCUGACUUUAGAAACAGCAACCACAAGUCCAGUAGCUGGGUAUUUCUGGCGGACUGACCGGGAAGGAGAUGAUUUAAGAUGUAGUGUGUAUGGUGUUAUAUUAUGGACAAACCAACACUUAGUUCUGAUGUACACAGUGAGAUAUGUGUACUGUUAUUUAUUGUCAAUUACAAAAUAAACUUGUUUUGUAUAA